UAGUUCAUGCAGACUUCAGCACAGGGUGGAGUUCGUCAACGUCGCCAACGAUGAAUAGACUGCUGUAAAUGCAAGUUAGUGCAUGAUCACAUGUAUGUUUUUUGAGGUUCGUAGAAGUGUAACAGAUAUUUUGACAUCAACACUGAACAAUUAAGCAGGACGUCGUUUGGUUCUAACUCAACGCAGAAAUAGUUGUUUGUUCAUUUUUUCACCAAACAGAGACCGGAGUAAUUUAAUCAGCACCAUACAGGAGAAUAAAUCAUAUUUCUAAAAUAUGAAUAAUCUAAACAACAGUAUUCUUGCUACGUUGGUCGUGCUGCUUUUAUGGCGAGUGAAAGAAAUCGCCGAAGCUUGCAGUUGCUCUCCGAUGCAUCCUCAACAGGCAUUUUGUAACGCAGACGUCGUCAUCAGAGCUAAGGUGGUUGGACGGAAGGAGAUAGCCUCUGGGAAUGAUGUCUAUGGCAACCCCAUCAAGAGGAUCCAGUAUGACAUCAAACAGACCAAAAUGUUUAAGGGUCCUGAUCAGGCUGUAGAAGCCAUCUUCACAGCGCCAACUUCUGCCAUGUGUGGUGUGAAUCUGGAGCAUGACAGCAAGGAGUACCUGAUCACAGGCAAGAUGGAGUCUGAUGGUGUGCAUGUGACACUCUGUGACUUUGUGGAGCCAUGGAGUGACCUAACUCACACUCAAACACUCAGCCUGAACCAGCGCUAUCAGUCAGGCUGUGACUGCCGGAUUGUGAGAUGCCAGACCUUGCCCUGCUCUAUUGGAGGCCCAGAGGAGUGCCUGUGGACAGAUUGGGUCCUAGAGGCAACUCACCGUGGCAAACAGGCUCAGUACUUCACCUGUAUCCCUCGGAGCGAUUCCUCCUGCAACUGGUACCGUGGCUCUCACGCCCCCAAGAAGGAGUUCAUGGACAUCGAGGACCCAUAGUCACAUUCGCCAACACCAGCGCCAAACAUCUGCACUCUUGCUCACACAUACAUACAUACACACAUACACAAACACACACAGAACAUUAGCACAACCUGACUCUUUGAACAGAUGCCUGUUUUUGAUUAAUAAAAGUCAGAUUUACAGAAACACUUUUGAAAGUACCAAACCUUCCAUUUUGCUUAUUUUUACCCAGCUGUGUUACAGAAAAGAGAAAAAAUCAAACCAUUUUAGUAAUUUUUCCUUUUCUCAACCUUUUAACCCAGUCUAUUGUGUACAAAUGUUAUAUCCCAAUGUUUUAUACACAUGCUCACUCAAACCAACUUAGAUUAAUUGAUUCAUUUAAUUAAAUAAUCAAUUAAUUAAUUUAACAGCUGUAAUGAAAUAGCAUAUUUUAAGGGAAUGUGCAUUUUAUUUUUCUUGUCUUUUAUGUCAUACAUUUCUGCCAUUGUAAUAUUUUGCAUAUGUGGAAUGUACAGUAAAAGAUUAGUUGUAAAUUGUAUACUACACUGUGCCACAGACCAACUCGCAGAGGAUAUGGCAUUAAUUUAUACUUUUAGUGCUAGUAUUUGCAGGAUUUGUGUGUAUUUAUAAAAUAAGCAUCGCCCCUAAGAGUUAGCUCAGCAUAAACAGAUUCUGUUUCAUGUCGGUCAGAUGGUACCCCUCACUUUCCCUUUUAUUUCACAUAGUUGAGUUAUUUCACUGAAUUGGGCAUAUUGUGGAUCAGUGGACUGAAAGCUAUUUAGCCAAGCCACAUGCACAUCGUCAACCAUCCUGGUCCUCAGUCCUAUAAAAUAGGGGUAAUUUGGAGAAACCUCUGAAAGUUCUUUUGCCAAUUCAGUUAUACGUAUGUAAUAUAAUAGAUGCAAUUUGAUAAAAAGCAAUUUAAUAGAACAUAAUUAUAGUAUCAUAUAACAAAGAGCCUACAAGGAUUCCAACAGGAACCUUUGAAGGUUUUUAGAUGUUUGCAGAAUACUUGAGGAACCUUUGAAGGUGAAGAACCUAGAAGAGUUUUCCUACAAACAAGCAAUUGAGGUCUAUUUUGAAGCUUAAAUGCUAUGAUGGACACGAAGGACUAGUAAAUUACUUUUCUCUGUGGCGGAAUGCAGUUACUAGCAGACUAAUUUUGUAGAGCCAGACUGCACUUCCGGAUGAGAAAUCACAAGGGGCAACUAGAAUUUAAAAAUUUGGUAGUGGAUUUUAAGGAAAACAGAUGCAGGUUCAGUUGGCUUUCCUAAAAUACUGUCCAAAACAUGAUGAGACCACCACUUAUAAUUACAGUGUUGGUCUUUGAGAAUCAGCAUCACUACUGACAUAAUAUGGUGAAUUGGUUUAGAAAUGGUAAAGUCAGUUUAUCGUCCAUCCACAUCUUCAUAAAAAAGAACCCUUCUCAGCAGACCCCAGUCAUAGCAUUUCAGAUAAGUCUGGCCCUGCCACUCGUGUGCAGUCAUGUUGAUUAUUGUGUUAUCCUUGAGCCUUAACAUGUCUCUUAAGGCACACAUGGUGGAUUCUGAGUUAAUGCAGUCACUUUUUAAAAAAAGAUGGCUCACACCUGACCAAAAUCUUCCUGUCAGGCAGAAGUCUGCAUUAGAUCCAGCCCUCUAGCCCUUGAGAGAACUUGAGGGUCUCAGCACUUGUCCAAGUAAAACUAUUAAAUGUAGCCUAUACUCCCUUCGCAACAAUGCCUAUUUGACCAUGAUGAAGCAUUAAGUGUAAACUUUUUUAGUCGUUUUUAUUCAAUUUCUGUAUUCUUGAGUAAUGUUUCUAAAGACUUGGUCGAUCCAUGUUUUCAGAUACAUUGGCCUUUCUUGUACAUUUUGUGUGUUUUUAUGAAGCAAUGUAUGUCUUAGCAUUAGCAGUAGUGAGAGAUGUCUCAUGCUGGUACUACAUGAGACGGAGGUCUGAAGCUAGACCAUGCAUGCCUACACUUUCCAGUAUUAUUCCAAACUGUAUGGAUGCCUAUGGUGUUGAGAAAUAAAAACAUUUUUUUAAAUCA